AUACUUCCAGUGGACCAUAAAAUGAAUACAGAGAUUAUUACUGACUGUAUUACUCAUUGAUUGAUUUAUUGGUUCAUUAAGAACUCUCUCCCUCCCUCUGUCUUACAGGAUUACCUUCUUAAAGACAACCUCUGUUGGAUUUCUACCCAGCAUUCCUUCUGCUCAGUGGCUCCCAGUUGACUUUUUACACCUGAACAAUUAGCAGUGAAAAAGCCGAAGGCUUUGCUGCCAUGCUGCCAAGGUUUUAUAAUACUCACGGACACCUGUGGUAAAUACCACCGUGGCAUUUUUAAUGUUGGUUUUAUUUAAGUGCAGCUCAUUCUUAGCAAUUCUCAGAAGAGCCACUAUCAAAGUCUUGGCCUCCGUGUCAGGUUCACUGUACACGCUCUCACACUUUUUAAUGGGGCGGAUGACAUUAUUAGGUAUUUCCACAAUAAUACCUGCACAUGUUGUACUUUUACAAUAUGUUCCACCUGCACCAUUGGCUUUGUAAAAUGUAAAUAUUAGCCGUGGGUGCAGUAGAGUGACUUCAGUUUGAACCAUUUAUCCGCAGAUGUGAAAGACAGUCGCUAAACUCCUGCGACUUGUAUGAAGUCGGUGGUUCGAUUUGGUCGUGUCCAAAUAUGGCUUCAGACGUAGCACAGAGUGUAUUUUCACUGAAUCACUGAUAAUGGAGAGAACAGAGGUUCACGCUGCGUCUCUUCCUUUAUCAAUCUGUCAUCCCUCAGUUAUUGUCCUGCAGCCCAACCGUGUCUUCACCAGUUAGCAGAAUGGUCAUUUUUCCCUCCACUGAAUUAUCGCUCUACGGUUACUGUAGUGUAUCUAAAACACACUCUGGAGAGUGGGAAUGGUUUUGAGAUUUCAUGGAAAGCGGGUGAUAAAGCCAAAAAGGUAGAAGGCGCAACAGAGCCAGAGGGAGAGAGAGAGAGAAAGAGAGAGGGAAAGAUACAGUAUAACAUUUUUAUGGCUGGGGAGGGAGGACUGGCUGAGCUGAGACGCUCUACAGUGAGAACCAUGUCUCCUGUAUGUCCUCCAGGUCAUUCGGUCUGCAGAUAUUUUCUGGGUCUGAAUUGCUGUGAAAUGCAGACCAGCUUCAGCAGAUUCUGGUCAGAUGUCGGUUGCAUCAGCAAUUGUAGGGAAGCCAAACAAUCUUCUGGUUUGAUGCUAUGAAAUGAAAGCUUUUCUAGGCUGACGGCCAUGAUAAAGAAUGAUUCAACACAAAAGCACACUGCAUUUACUGAUGUAAUAUUACCCAGAAUGUAUCUGUUCUACUAUUUCUGCCAUGAUAUUAUCACAGUCUGAGGCCAAGUCUUUCUUUACUCAUUAGGUCUGCUGCCAAACUAGUGUGUUCUGAUGCCAUUCAGCUGCAAGGGAGGAAUGUUGAUGAACUACAACAGUCAGAGACAGAGCAGCUCUGUAUCUAUUUCACGUAGAAUGAAGCUGAACAACUGCAGAGUUUUGGACCGACGCUGCAUCUUUGCACGGUUUUUCCUGUUUGAAGUUCUGAAUAUGCAAAAAAGGACAAUUUCUUAGAAUGGACUUUUAAUAUAUUAUGUAAACUAAGAUUUGAAUAUGCAAAUGUCUCAGGAGUCACCAGAACCUCAUAUUUGUCCCUGGCUGAUCCUCACAGACUGGGAAAAGCUUUACGUGUGCUGAGAAAUGGAGGAAGAUUCAAAUUGAAAUUGAAAAAUUCACAUUUUUAUUUUUUUGUUCUGUACAGUUGGAAAACAGAGAGUGUGAGUUGCUGGAGUUUUGGAAACAAUAUACCUAAUAUAAAUGCUAACUCUGAUGUGCUCCAAACAAACCGUUCACUUCCUGGUUGAUAUGGGCAUCAAAAUACACUGCAUUUCCUGUCAAACAGGAAAUGACAUGUUAGUUCGUAAACCUGUUUACAUUUUCCACGUGGUUGUUUUCCUAAUAACCAUAUUUGUUAUCAGUUUAUUGGUUCCAUCUAUGGUGCUGAGCGUCUGGAAUCCCUGAGGGACUUACAUUCUAUUCUAAUUGAUUCUAAUUUAAUUUGUGUGGCAUUUUUACAGGCACUUCGUUUGGUACACUGGCUCACAGUUGGUCAAAUUUAAAGGUUUAUCGACGGCAAACCAGAGGCUCAGAGAAAGCAAUCCCCCGUCCGUCUCCCUGGGCAGAUGUCCCUCUCAUUUGGGCCUGACUGGAAAGGGAAAUAGGAACAUCUGGGGAGAGGGACAGGAUCCAUAUAGAUGGAAAAAAGAAGGAGGGAGAGUGGAGUCAGUCUGAAGGGGAGGAGGACGAGGAGAAGGAGGAGGAGACGACUUUCCUGGAACACUGGGGUUAAAACAGCUCUCCCCUGUGAAUGACUGGACACCAACUUGGUCGCCCCCUUAGCCUCUCCCACCAGCUUAAAGCUGCAUCCCCAUUGGCUGCUCCCAGGACUGCCCUCUUUGAUUGUCGACCAGUGGGAGCCCCCGCUCUUGUACAGGCCACGCCCCCAGCUCUUAAAGAGCCUCGGGGAGGCAGGGGAGACAACAGCCAGGAACAACUGACCAGUCAUUUCGUCCAGAUAUGUGGAGUGGCAGAAACUGAUCUCCUCCUCCUCCUCCUCCUGCUGCUGCUGCUGCUGAUUUUUUGUCCCUGCUGUUUGUUUAUCUGCUCCGGCUGCAACACCUGGAAUGCUUAACCUGGACUGAUGGACGUUUCCGAACUCUGCAUCCCAGACCCUCUCUGCUACCACAACCAGCUGUUACCCAGAAUGCCCUCUGAGGACCGACAUCUGUCCUCCAGUUGUGGUUCCUACGUCAAAACCGAGCCUUCCAGUCCUUCCUCCUCCCUGGUGGACACCGGCAGUCACCACAGUCCCAGUGGCAACUCUGACGCCAGUGGUGGCUACAUCAACGGCAGCGGACGCCCUCACGCCCUGGACUCACCUCCCAUGUUCAACCCGGGCAUGCUGGGAGGCGGCGGUUCCUGCCUCCGCCGCUACGAGGACUGCUCCGGCGGCAUGGCUGAUGACUCGACAAUCAAGUGCGAGUACAUGCUCAAUGCCAUUCCCAAGAGGUUGUGCCUGGUGUGCGGUGACAUUGCCUCAGGCUACCACUACGGCGUGGCCUCCUGUGAGGCCUGCAAAGCCUUUUUCAAAAGGACGAUACAAGGAAACAUCGAGUACAGCUGUCCGGCCACGAACGAAUGUGAAAUCACCAAGAGGAGACGCAAGUCGUGCCAGGCCUGUCGCUUCAUGAAGUGUCUUAAAGUUGGCAUGUUGAAAGAAGGUGUUCGUCUGGACAGAGUGAGAGGAGGACGACAGAAGUACAAACGGAGACUGGACGGAGAGACCGGUCCGUACCUCGGCCUGACUUUACCACCACCAGCCAAAAAACCACUGACAAAGAUCGUUUCCCAUCUGCUGGUGGUGGAGCCAGAGAAGAUCUACGCCAUGCCUGACCCCACCAUGCCUGACGGAGACAUCAAGGCCCUGACCACGCUGUGUGACUUGGCUGACCGUGAGCUGGUGGUCAUCAUCGGCUGGGCCAAACAUAUCCCAGGUUUUUCCACUCUCUCGCUGGCAGACCAGAUGAGUCUACUGCAGAGCGCCUGGAUGGAGAUCUUGGUGCUGAGCAUCGUGUUCCGCUCGCUGCCCUGCGAGGACGAGAUCGUGUACGCCGAGGACUACGUCGUGGACGAGGACCAGGCCAGGGUCUCGGGCCUGCUGGACCUGCACGUUGCCAUCCUGCCGCUGGUGCGACGCUACAAGAAGCUACGCAUAGAGAAGGAGGAAUUUGUCACGCUCAAAGCCAUCGCCCUCGCCAACUCAGACUCCAUGCAUAUAGAGAACAUUGAGGCCGUCCAAAGGCUCCAGGAUUCACUCCACGAGGCCCUACAGGACUUUGAGGGCUCCCAGCACCCGGAGGACCCUCGGCGGGCAGGCAAGCUCCUCAUGACGCUGCCCCUGCUCCGUCAGACUGCCACCAAGGCAGUGCAGCACUUCUACAGCAUCAAGAUGCAGGGCAAAGUCCCCAUGCACAAACUAUUCCUCGAGAUGCUGGAAGCCAAGGCCUAACAGCCGCUGCAGGUGCGUGACGAACAGCGGCAUCGGCCAGCGUGAGGCGAGGGACGGGCCGUAAAAGUGAAGGCAGAGUGCCAAGAGACAGUGGACGGAUGAAGCUUUGGACGGAUGUUAUUUAAACACUUUUAAAUUAAGUUAAACAAGAGAAAAAAAAGAAGAGGAAAUAUCAGCCUGAUUGAUGUGGGAUCACGAUGAUGUAAAUAGAGAAGUUGUGUACAGAAAAAUCCGGCAGCUGAGGUCUGGUUAUAACCACAGACCCACUGCUGUAUAUCACCUGAAUCUUCUGUGACUUUGGUUCCUAUUUUAUUUUCAUCUCAGAACGGAAGUGUGUUAAUAUAAUAUAUGUCCCCAAGAACCGCUUGGCUCCGCAGCCACGUUACUAUGAUCCUUAUUUUAUUUGUUUCUUUCAUUUUUCCAUCUGAGUUGUUUAAAGCAAUAGUCUCUAACUGGUCUGCAUAUAAUAUGUGUACUGUAAAUUGUGUGAACUUGCACUGGGCGGGGAGGAGAAUUGUGAGACAUGCGUCAUCAGCAAACGGCCGCCCGUCGCGGCUCUGUGGGAUUCUCCAUUUCCUCCUGAUAUAUUUACCUCAUAGUAUCUUCUUCAUCAACCUGAUGGUGUCUGUUAACGUGGUGCUCACCGGAGGACAGUGGUUGGCUGCCCGUCGUACUUCACGAGAGUUUGCACUAAGCAUCGACAAAAGAUGUGGCAAUAAUGGGUCAAAUACGUACGUACGCGUGAGCUCCGUCUCCUUCUGUGUUACACGUCACACAGCCACAGUGAAAGGCAACUAAACAUACUGUGAAACCAUACACAAUGCUAAGCUAUGAUCCGUGCUAACUGGACUGUGAGAAAUGUCCUAAAAGUUGUAGGGGGUUUUUUGGUUGUUGGUUUUUUUUGUAAAUACAGCUAAGGUUUCUAAGAGGAGCAACAGCGCUGCGACUUCAUGCGAUCUAAUAGGAGGGAUACUUUAGUCACAGCCUCUAAAGGGUUUCAUGGUCCUGUAUGCUAUAUACUGUAGCGGCUUUGCUUUUUUUUUUUUAAACCACUUUCAUUUAAGUUGUGCGCUCAGUCAAGUGUCACUGUAUCGAUCACAUUAGUUCCACUGCUGAAGAUGUCAGCCUCUGUUUGUACCUGUGGGUUUGAACUGGCUCCGUGUUCUCCACAACACAGAAAGCAAUAAUAUUGUGUUAUAGUCUCAUUGAAACUGGACCUCUGAUUCUCCACAGACGAACAGGAAGAAUUCACAUUCCCAUGCGUUUAUAUCAAACCUGGAUCCCACUCAUGGCUCAGGCUGCACCGUUGUCUGGUCAUUGAUUAUUGGUUCUGGGGUCAAGUAUGCUCACAGUUGGAGUUUCCUGAUCCAUGCAAUGAUUAACAUUAGUACAAUUAAAAAAAAACCCUAACCAGGGUUUUAGCUCCCUGUGAUCUUAUGGUGAGUAUUCAGGUCUGUAGAAAAAAUAAUUGUGCCCUAUUUUAACACGAGAAACAAAACCA